AUGUCCCAAAUAUAUGAGCGAUCGCAGGAAGUUUUUGCGUGGUUAGGAGAAGAGGCGGAUGGAAGCGCUCAUGCUAUGAAGUAUAUAGCUUCCCAUGACUGGACCGCCGUGGUCGACAGUUUGGUUGCAGAAAUGCGGAAUUUGACCUUGGAGCCCGAGGUAAAGAUUGAGAAGCGCGAUCUCGACUCGGUUAAGAAGCUUGGAAAGAGGACAUGGUGGACCCGUACUUGGAUUAUGCAAGAAGCGACGGCAAAGCCACCGACCCAUGUAUGGAUCAUGUGUGGGAAUGAAAAGAUAUCACUGGAUACCAUCUUGUCCUUUCGGUUGGCCUGCUAUACUGUUUACCGAAGCUCGAACGAGGUCCAUCCCCAAGUUCGACAACUGAACACCAUCACCAGAUUCCUGCAUCCGCUGUGGCUUUUUGGGCGGCUGCGUAAAAGCCAAAACUAUUUCGUCUUUUGGAACACUUGA